CAUGGCCGCCGCCGGCAGCAACGCGGAUGCAGAGAAGCUCCAGAGGCUCGCGGAGGAGCGUUCCUCGCGGGCGACGUCCCCGGCGCGCUCCGUCUGGCCCAGAAAGCCCAGGCCCAGGUCCGCUCGCUCCCCGGCCUCGCGGGCGCCCUCGCCGCCUACGAGGUCCACCACGCCGCCGCCGAGGCCGCAUCCGGUAAGAAGAAGAACAGCAGCUGGUGCUACGCCGUGCUCGGCAUAGCCGUCCGGACGCCGUCGCAGGUCACGCACGAGGCCCUCAAGGGGCGGUACCGGCGGUUCUGCCUGGCGCUGCACCCGGACAAGAACCGCUCCGCCGCGGCCGAGGGCGCCUUCAAGCUGCUCCAGGACGCCUGGGCCGCGCUCUCCGCCCUCCAUCCCCCCGCUCCCGCCGCCCACAAACAACCCAAGCCGGGGCCGGAGAAGACGGGUAGCAGUUACACGGGAGCCGGAGACGGCGGCGGCGGCGGCGGAUGGAGGCCGCGCGAGUUCAGGAGCGUGUUCUGCGUGGGGUGCGGCAGCGAGUACCGGAUGCCCGUGGACGAGGACGUCGGCGGGCCCGCAGGCUUUAAGUGCGGCUUCUGCAGCCGAGGCGAGUACCCUCCGCCGCCGCCGCCGCCGCCAAGGACGAACGGGUUCCCUUGCCCGGGGAAGUGCCCGGGGUUCGGGGCGCCGUACGCGCGCUGCCGGGUGUCCGUCGGCACCUGGUGGGUACGGUGCGUGGCUUGCCGCCUCUACGCCAAGCUCGACGUCCGCACCCCGUAUGCCUUCUCCCAUCUCGAUGGAGGGAUGAAGAGGGAGGAACUCUGAAGGAUUCCUACGCCAUGGAAAUCCUUCUGCUUACUUAUAUACUAAUGAAUUAUGGAACGGAGGAAGUACUCCAAUACUUUGUUGCAUUUGCCGAUGCUGAUCUGUCUAGAUGCUUGUAUAUUUAGAAACGGAGGAAAUACUAGCGGUUGUCCUCUGAUUUUUUUAGGAUGAUCGAUGAUUAUUCCUUGUCAUUGUAUUUGUUCGUCGUUUGUUUACUUUCAGGCUUCCUCUUU